AUGCAAGAACCUGAUCCAAAGGAUGAGACACUAAUUGAAGAAGAAUCGGAGCCAUCAACAUCAAAGGCUCCAAUACCGGUCAAAGCCUAUGUGCCUCCUAUUCCAUUUCCACAAAGGCUUCACAAACAGAAAUUGGAAGUUCAAUUUGGAAAUUUUUUAGAGGUAUUCAAGAAGCUACACAUAAACAUUUUGUUUGCCGAUGCAUUAGGUCAAAUGUUGAGUUAUGUCAAAUUUAAGAAGGACAUUCUUUCAAACAAAAGGAAACUCAAAGAACAUGAGACGGUAAUGCUAACGGAAGAGUGUAGUGCUAUCCUUCAAAAUAAGCUACCACCGAAAAUCAAAGAUCCAGGAAGUUUUAUUAUUCCAUGCACUAUUGGAGAUUUGAAUUUUAGUAAAGCUUUAUGUGAUCUUGGCGCUAGUAUUAAUUUGAUGCCUUUGUCUAUUUUUAGGAAGCUGAGAUUGGGAGAAGCCAAGACCACAACUAUAUCAUUACAAUUGGCUGAUUGA